UGGGUUUGUGUUUGCAGGCGGUGAUAUACAACAGAAUUAACUGCCGGGUGGUGGCUAUAGACCUCAGGGCCCAUGGUGACACCAAAGUAAAGAAUUCUGACGAUCUCUCAGCGGAAACAAUGGCCAAGGACAUUGGCAAAGUGGUAGAAACACUCUAUGGAGAAAACCCACCUCCGAUCAUGAUGAUUGGACACAGCAUGGGUGGAGCUAUAGCAGUUCAUACCGCUGCGGCAAACCACGUGCCGUCUUUACUUGGCCUGUGUGUGAUUGAUGUCGUGGAAGGCACAGCAAUGGAUGCCUUAAACAGUAUGCAGAAUUUCCUCAGGAGUCGGCCAAAGACCUUUAAGUCUGUGGAGACUGCCAUUGAGUGGAGUGUGAAGAGUGGACAGAUCCGAAACGUUGAGUCAGCCCGGGUGUCCAUGGGAGGCCAGGUGAAAAAAUGUGAGGAACCCCUCAACAGUCCAGGCGUCUCCAAGAGCAUCAGUGACGGCAUCAUUGAAGAGGAGGAAGAAGAGGAAGGAGAAUCCAACCACAAAAGAAAGAAGGAGGAUGACCAAGAGGUGAAGAAGGAGACCCUUUAUACCUGGCAGAUUGAUCUGUCAAAGACAGAGAAGUACUGGGAGGGCUGGUUCAGUGGCCUGUCUGCCCUAUUCCUUUCCUGUCCUGUGCCAAAACUGCUCCUGCUCGCUGGUGUGGACAGGCUUGACAAAGAUCUCACAAUUGGACAGAUGCAAGGGAAGUUCCAGAUGCAGGUGCUCCCUCAGUGUGGCCAUGCUGUCCAUGAGGACGCCCCUGAAAAAGUAGCAGAUGCUUUGGCCUCGUUCAUGGUCCGUCACAAGUUCACUGAAUUUAAGGAGGGUUUCCUGUGCUAACGGGACUCAAAUCAACUACAUAGACAAGUGGCAGUUUUGCCCUGGACCCAUCCAGCAGUCAUGGAGGCGUUGCCUGGAGCCUCAAGGACACCAUCUUCUGACAAUUACCCCCAACUGCAAUAAAAUAAUGUUCAUGAGCACUAUAUAACACUAUACAAAAUUCUCAGCACUUCAAUUGGUAAAACAAAUUCAAUUGGUAUAUAUAAUUUUAAAUGUAUUGUUAUUAUUACUACUACUUAUACUUUGACACCUUAUGGUUUUGCCUUUUCUUUUUUUUGAAAGCAGGUAUUUUGUUUCACCCAUCCACUCAACAUUUUUUAUUUUCAUUUCCUGUGAUGCCUUUCCUGUUUCUUGUUACAUUUUGGCCAGCUGCAUCUUGUUGUGCUAUGUGUUUAGAUUUUAAGAAUGAUUAAUAAAAAUGGAAAAGGAAUAUUUCUCCCGA